UCCCCUUACACCCGGACGGCCUGCUCUGAGGAAGCCGCUCCGCCGGAGCUGCGAUGGGGAUUUGAACGCACGUCCGCGCAGAAGACAGCGCCGCACGGCCCGGCUCAGAGCGCAGCGGGCGGGUCCGCGUCACGGUGUGGAUGUGAACUGAUCGGCCUGCUGACUGAGCGCUUGGUUCGGUGCUCGGAGCUGGAGGCCGGGAGCAGGACAGCGUCUGCCCGGGCUGGUGCUGCUGUUGGCGGAGUGUCGCCGUCGGUCGGUUCCCGUGGAGAGCGCAGCGGAGCCUGCAGGGACCCGCCGCCGCCGCUCGGUGUGUGUUUGUGCGUUUCUCUCCGCGGCGGUUACACACGUUGCACACGGGAUUAGCUGAUUAACGCUCCGGUACCGGGGAGUUGGAUGUGUGUUUUCCCUCACAGGAGUCACCUGGAGUCCGGGCGGAGAGACGGAGCCGAUGGCGCAACGGUAUGAAGACCUGGCCCACUACGGGCUGGAGGGGGUGGGUGGGGUGUACGGAGACCCUCACCACCAUCACCACCACCAUGCCGCUGCAGCCCGCUCCCUGCAGGCCGUGCACCUGGCUGCUGCCGCCGCUGCUGGCCCCUACCCUCCACACCAGUACGCCCAGUCCACCCACAGCAGCGGCAGCAUGGCCGCCACAGCUGGGGACGCCGUCAAGAGGGACAAAGACGCCAUUUAUGGACAUCCUUUAUUCCCUCUGCUCGCACUGAUCUUUGAAAAAUGUGAAUUGGCGACCUGCACGCCGAGAGAGAGCGGCGUCGCCGGGGGAGACGUCUGCUCCUCGGACUCCUUCAACGAGGACAUCGCCGUCUUUUCCAAACAGAUCCGAUCGGAGAGGCCUUUAUUUUCAUCAAACCCAGAGCUGGAUAACUUGAUGAUCCAGGAGAUCAAACAGUCAGUGGACCUCAGUAAGGAAAAUGCAGACAGAAUGACAGCAGAAGGUGUCCAGAUCUUCACCGCUCUGAAGGAGUCUGUUGAGAGAGGUCAGACCAAUCUCACCAACUCGAUCAAAGAGAAACAGAAAGCAACAGAAAAACAGGCGGAAACUUUCAUCAAACAGCUGGAACAGGAAAUUUCUGAGCUAAAGAAGAGAAGGACGGAAGUGGACCAGUUCUCACACUCUGAAGACCACAUGCAUCUUCUCCAGAGUGUCCAGUCCCUAAAAAUCCACCACCCACCACCAACCAAGAACUGGACAGAUGUUAGUGCCUGUCCAUUUUAUGAGGGGACUUUGGUGGCAGCAUUGACUCAGAUGGAGGAGACACUCAGUACAGAGAUGAGGAAGCUGCUUGAAGCUGAGAUUAAAAGGGUCCAGCAGUAUGCAGUGGAUGUGACCCUUGAUCCUCAUACAGCAAAUCCCUCUCUCAUUCUAUCUGCUGAUGGGAAACGAGUAUAUCAUAGUGAUGUGACGAAAACUCUCCCAGACAAUCCAGAGAGAUUUUCUUCUCAUGCUUGGGUCUCUGGAAAGCAGAGUUUUUCUUCAAGCAGAUUUUACUGUGAGGUUCAAGUUAAAGGAAAGACUAUAUGGACUUUAGGAGUGAUCAGGGAGUCGAGCAGGAGGAAAGGAGAAAUCACUCAGAGUCCCAAGAAAGGUUACUGGAGUAUAUGGAAGAGGAAUGGAAAUAGGUACAAAGCUCUUGAUGACCCUUCAGUCCAUCUCUCUCUGCAGUCUCAGCCUCAGAAGGUGGGGGUGUUUGUGGAUUAUGAGGAGGGUCUGGUCUCCUUUUAUGAUGUAGAUGCUGCAGCUCUUAUCUACUCCUUUACUGGCUGCUCCUUCACUGAGAAACUCUACCCAUUCUUUGGUCCUGGUCUUAAUGAAGGUGGUAGAAACUCUGCCCCUCUGAUCCUCUCUCCUGUCAGAGUAAAGUAAUAACUUAUCUUAGUUCAUAUAUUGAUUGAUUUUGACUGAAUGGGUCACAUUUAGUGGCAAUCCUGUUUAGUUAUACAUCUUAUUUUCUACAAAAAUCUGUUUACUGUAGUUAUUCAUUCACACUUCAUUGAGAGAUUUUAUAUUAUAUGCAUCCCAUUUCAUAUUAAGAGUAUGUCCUAUUACAUAUCUAUAGAGUAUAUAGAAUACAGUAUGUGUCAUUGUCAUACGGGGCAUAACAAGUGAUCAUACAGAAAUAAUCAAUAGAAUAGAUGCAAAAUGUUAUAGUUUGAUCAAAGGGGUUUUGUUUAAUUACUGGUUACUUUGACCAAUUUCUUUAUGAAUGCUGGUAAGAUGGUGUAUGAUUCAAAUGAAUCUGUAAAUGUGUGAUUGUUUUAUAUAAACUGUAAAAUAGACCUUGUGUUCAACAACUAGUUUGAGUACGUAGUGACUGGAGCACCAAACACUCAACAGGAAAGCUUAGUUUCUAUAUAAACUGUAUUUAAUUACAAAAUGCGUUGUGUUCCUGAUGGCCUCUUCACAAAAAAAGCCACCACGUGUUUCACCAGUUGGACUCUCUUUUACUGUGAAUCAGUUACAGGAGGAAAUGUUUGUUAGCACCGACAGUGAUUGAAUACAGUAACGUAGUAGGAGAGUGAACAGUUAGGGUGACAAUGAUCAAUAAGAGAUAAUUAUGAUUGAUUACAUGCUGCAACGUUCACUAUGAAUCCCUCGUGUGUGUAAAGGCAAUCGCCAAUCGAGCACCAGAACUGCAGACUUAUUAUGGCGACCAUAAACAGUAUGUAUGAAAAAUGGGGUUUGAAAUGUCUUUCUGGAUUUGGACCAAAUGGACAGUACAUUAAACCUACCUCCUCUUAAAUGAAUGCUUCCGAUGUUCAGCUGUUAAUAAUUAAAGCUUGUGUUGUGUAAGGACAUUUCUGGUUUUGUGCACAGUACUGUGUGGAUCUACCUGCAGCAGUACUGAUACUGUGUAAACUGAGGAAUGUGAAAUGAACGCUUUGCCAAAAUAAAAAAUAAAAUGUAAUAAAAAAGAAGAA